AUGACACUUAUUUAUGCUUCAAUCAUGACAAGACACGGCCAUCGUACACCUGAAUCUGCUUUAUUAAAUAUAACACAGAGAGGUAGAUGGUAUUGCGAUGAAGGAAUCGAACUUUAUAGAGAGGACGAAGAGCCAUCGUUUUUGAUUCAUACAGGCACAUAUAAUCCGUCAAAUUAUUCGUUUUUACCUAAUUGUCAAGGUGGUGACUUAACAACCAUCGGAAGACGUCAGCUUAGAAAUCUUGGCUCACUGUAUAGAGAGUAUUACAUCGAUAAACUUCAUCUUCUUUCUAAAUAUUACAACGAAACUGAAUUUUAUGCCAAGUCCUCACCCGUAGAUAGAGCGUUCAAGAGUGCUUAUGAAUUUGUAAAUGGAUUUUACCCUCCAGAAUUUACAAAACAACAUAUCCACGUUGAUGCUGGAUUAUCCAGAGCAAAUCCAUUGAAUUUAGAUGUACAAACAUGCGAAGAUUACAAGAAAGUUCGCACUGAUUUCAGAAACGGACCAACUUACAAUGAAUAUCUUGAAAAAGUUUGGCCUAUACUCGAACCAGCUGCCAAAAUAUUCAAUCUUACUAAGACAGUUCCGCACUUGCGUUAUUUAUGCAGCUGGACCACAGCUUUCAACUGUGCAACUGAUGCUCCAAGGCCAGACUUUUUCACAAAAGAAUUUGUCGAAGCUUGCCUUGGCGAACAGGUAAUUUCCAAGUUUGGCGUUUACAACUCGAGCAAAUACGGAAGUAUCGGCGCAUCUCCUUUAUUCAGGAUGUUCUUCCAUGAUAUCGAGACAUCUAUUCAAAGUGGAAGAAAGCUCAUCUACUACAGUGCUCAUGAUGCAACAAUUGCUUCAAUUUUGACAUUCCUCAAGAAAUUUUCUAAAUUUGUGCCUCCGUACGCUUCCCACUUUGUAAUUGAGCUGUAUAGAGAUGAAAACACUUCAAAGAACUAUCUUCGCUUCUUUAUUAACGGUGAGAAUUUCAAAGUCGAAGGAUUUGAUGACUAUCUAGUCCCAUACGAUGAAUUUAAAGAGAGAGCACUUCCGAAGUUAGUUUAUUGUAAGAAUAUUCCAGUCUAA